AUGCUUCGUUGUUAUGGGAAGAAUUCAAUACAAGGAAUUCAAGUUCCAGAAGGAGAGGAAGUUGUAUUUUGUCAUCUCCAAAUUCCUAAAAGUUUGGUUGAUGAUCCUGAAGCUUUUCCUGUUAUUGGAAGAAUAUCAGAGGCUGUGCAGGAUAAGAAGCAAGUCACUAAGCCAAUGAAGAAGAAGAAGAAGACAGUUCAAGUUACUAUUCUCGAUACUCCUGAUGAUGAUGAAGCUACUUACACAGAAGAUAUGGAUUUGUCGAAGGGACAAUAUUCACAAUCUCAUCGUGAUGCAAAUGCAUAUGAUGUAAAUCAUUUAGUCCAUGAUGCAUUUCAUCAUGAUACACCACCUGUUUCACCACUAAAUAUUGCUACUAUUGAAUCUAAUACAUAG